UAGCACAAACAUCGUUUACCUGUCAAGUGUACGUGUAACAUCUCGGUUAAGGCGGUAGAGAAGAUUGCAUUUUAGGUACGCGAUGGGAAAGUGGUCUUAAGAUAAAGGAUGGUAAUGUUUCUCUGCAUUCAAGGAACUGACCAAACUGAUGGUUGAUCCUCAUUCUGGUCGAUUUGUGGAAAAAAAGAAUGUUCGUCUUUGUCGUCGUGUUGAUGCUGGCACUCUUCUGUCCCGUCGAUGCAGGUGAUGCUCAGCGUUACCGCACAAUCGGCACUAUGACGAAAAGCGUAACUGUGAAAAACCUUGAUGCGUGCAGCCAGAAGCUUGUCUUUGAGGUGAAGGCGUGUAAGCAUGCUGGAGUGAUGAUAAAGACAAAGAGGGCCAAAGAAGCUGUGUUUUUCAUAAUUGAAAACGAAGGAAAACCUGAGUCCGUUUUGACAACACGCUCAGCUAGAGGAGGAAUGAAGACGUCGACCUACAAGAAGGGUCUCCUCAACUGCAAGUCCUAUAAGACCUUCUGGAUAAACUGGGCGAUGCCUGGGGUGGUGUCCGCUGGAAUUGGUAGUCACGUUGGACAGAACGAAAUACUACGAACUCUACACCAGAUAAAAGAUCCACUGGUUGCUGUUUCCCUCUUUACAGGGAUGAGGAAAAAGGGAGAGUGGAAACUUUCAAAAGAUGAACCUCCAGUUUUCCUCACCCCCUGGCCUGGUGACGUCACACAGAUUGAUGUUCCUGAAGACACCGCCCUUGGUACGAUCAUCUUCUCGGUUGAAGCUAAGGACCCGGAUGACAACGUGACGUAUGACGUCGUCGGCGUCAAUAAGGCUACAUUCGGUAUGAACGGGUCAGGCCUGGCUUUGAUAAAAGAGCUGGACUACGAGACAGAAAGACUCCAUGGCGUGCUGAUCAGAGCAAUGGGGGGCAAACUGGACACCAAUGCAUCAGUCCUGGUCAGCGUCACGAACGUGCUGGACGAACCUCCUUUGAUCCAACUAUCUCCAACACAAACCAUCCCUGAGGAGCUCCCCUUAGGGGAGACGGUCCCGGGGCUGUAUACGGUCACACAGAAGGACAUGGGUAGAGGACUCAAAUACCAUCUAGAAGGGGUGCACUCCAAGUAUUUUGCUAUCAACACAUUGUCUGGCGAGCUCAUGAUGACGGACAGGCUGGACUAUGAAAACUCAAGUUCACCCCGUGUCCUUGACAGUUUGACCCUUCAGGUCGAGGACGACGCAGGUCAUAAAGCACGUGCAAAUCUAUCCCUGAGGCUUGUUAAUCUGGACGAUAAUGCCCCACGUUUCGAUGAAAUUGUAUACAAGGUAAAGCUCCAGGAACCGCACGAUACAGGAAAGCCACUAGCCAGAAUCAGAUGCGAGGACCGGGAUCUAGAGGACAACGCCAACCUGACGGUGAUCAUGAAACCGACAGAGUUCUCAGACAAGUUGGUCAUCAGGAGGACUGACACUGCGUUUGAGCUAGACAUCAAGGACAAAGAGAAGGGCAUCGACCAGCUAGGGGAGGGGUUUACUGUGACGCUGGAGGCAACGGAUUCCGACACAUCCCGGUCAAACACUGCCACGGCGUUGGUGGAGAUAGAGGUAUCUAGUGUGAACGACAACACACCGCAGUGGGUGUGGCCGGCAGCAGGAACCUCGGCCCCGGGUGUCCCCGAGCUCAAGAUUCCUGAGACUUACCCCCCUUUCACGACGAUCACGACGUUCAACGCCACCUUGGGCGUAGGCAGCAACCCCGGCGACAUCGUCUACACCAUAGAGUCGGUCAUGUCAGAUAUGAGGAAGGCUGCAUAUGGGAAAUUCACAAUUGACCAGAGGCAAGGUUACUUAAAAGCAAUCACCAUCCUUGACUAUGACAAACCAACCGGAGGUGUAAAUUUCUAUAUAAUCAGUGUCAAGGCGACGAAUAGGAAGGCCCCGAACAGGUAUUCCGUGCGUAAAAUAAAACUGUUCCUUACCGACGCAGAUGACAAUGCCCCAGUGUUUAGCGAGGGGUUUUAUCGAAUCAAUACCGGUUGUUCUAAGAAGGCCGAGGAACAGUUAUUAUUAACGUUUAACGUCACCGACUACGACGUAACGUCCUUUUUGACGUUAACAAUGACGCCUAAUACCAGCAAUUAUACAAGACUAGAUACAUCGAGGAGAGCGUUAAUACUCAAACGUGUGUUAAACGGCACCGCUGACCGCCAGGUGACCUUUGAGGUAAUGAAGGUGACAGCCUGUGACCUCAGGAACCCACAUCUGAACACGUCAGUUUACGUCAUGGUCUACUACACCGAUUGUUCAACAAGUUCGCGACGGCGGCGGAUGAGGAAGAAGGGCGUGAUGAGGAUUCCGAAACCACCGCGAUCUUGUGAAGUCAACGAGUAUGUUAAGGACCAGACAGUUGAGGACUACAUCUUUAAGGCGACUAGUGGAAUCCUUGGCCUGAUUCUCGUAUGUAUAGCAGCGUUCUACCUCUCGAAGAGAACUGUCUUUAAAUCAUCACCUUCCGUGAAUCCUUUGGAGGAAGUCCAGGAUGAGCCAGAAGAAGAAACAAAAGAGAAGAAAGAGUAUGAAGAAGAGGAUCGACCGAGUGUCAUAUUCGUGGGUCCAAAGCGGGAUGAGAAGCCGCGAUCAAAGCAAGCUCCAGAUAUGACGUUCAUCAACCAGUGACGAGCUGUGUUGAUGUCAGAGGAGACAAGGCUUCUGGGAGAAGAUGUGUGUUUCAAUUUAAAGUAUUCAGCUCUGUGGGAGAUACCAGGCGGAGCGUUAUCUGUACAAUUGAUGGAUUCAGAGUGGGAUGGGGGGAUGCGCAUACCCCUUUUCAGACAUUUUCAUAAUACAAGACCCACUUCUGAUGUCCAGUUAUUGGAUGCAAGCACAGGAGACGGUCAAGGUUGAUUCCCUUAGGUAGCUCCCUUGGAUUUAACAGUGUCUCUGCUGUAACAUUCCGGAUUGCAGCUGUCGGAGACUACCACUACUACUGCUGCUGCUGCUGCUGCUGCUGCUACUACCAAAUACCCCAUGAAUUGAUACAUUAAAACACGGGUACAGAUAUAUAAACUCACCGUGCACUGACAUAUUCGGAUCGGCUUUAUGUCAGCUAUGUACUAAUAUAAGAACACAGGUGUAUUGAUAUAUGAACACAGGUGUAUUGAUGUGUAAAAACACGUGUACAGAUAUAUGAACACACGUGUAUUGAUGUGUAAAAACACGUGUACAGAUAUAUGAACACACGUGUAUUGAUAUAGGAACACACGUGUAUUGAUGUGUAAAAACACGUGUACAGAUAUAUGAACACACGUGUAUUGAUGUGUAAAAACACGUGUACAGAUAUAUGAACACACGUAUAUUGAUGUGUAAAAACACGUGUACAGAUAUAUGAACACACGUGUAUUGAUGUGUAAAAACACGUGUACAGAUAUAUGAACACACGUGUAUUGAUGUGUAAAAACACGUGUACAGAUAUAUGAACACACGUGUAUUGAUGUGUAAAAACACGUGUACAGAUAUAUGAACACACGUGUAUUGAUAUAGGAACACACGUGUAUUGAUGUGUAAAAGCACGUGUACAGAUAUAUGAACACACGUGUAUUGAUGUGUAAAAACACGUGUACAGAUAUAUGAACACACGUGUAUUGAUGUGUAAAAACACGUGUACAGAUAUAUGAACACACGUGUAUUGAUGUGUAAAAACACGUGUACAGAUAUAUGAACACACGUGUAUUGAUAUGUAAAAACACGUGUACAGAUAUAUGAACACACGUGUAUUGAUGUGUAAAAACACGUGUACAGAUAUAUGAACACACGUGUAUUGAUGUGUAAAAACACGUGUACAGAUAUAUGAACACACGUGUAUUGAUGUGUAAAAACACGUGUACAGAUAUAUGAACACACGUGUAUUGAUGUGUAAAAACACGUGUACAGAUAUAUGAACACACGUGUAUUGAUAUGUAAAAACACGUGUACAGAUAUAUGAACACACGUGUAUUGAUGUGUAAAAACACGUGUACAGAUAUAUGAACACACGUGUAUUGAUGUAUGAACACACGUGUAUUGAUACAUGAACACACGUGUACUGAAAUAUGAACACACGUGUUAUGACAUAUGAACACACAUGAAUUGAUAUAUAAACACACGUGUAUUGAUAUAUGAACACACGUGUAUUGAUAUAGGAACACAGGUGUAUUGAUAUAGGAACACACGUGAACUGAUAUAUCGACACACGUGUAUUGAUAUAGGAACACACGUGUAUUGAUAUAGGAACACACGUGUAUUGAUAUAUGAACACACAUGUAUAGAUAUAGGAACACACGUGUAAUGACAUAUGAACAGACAUAAAUUGAUAUAUGAACACACGUGUAUUGAUAUAGGAACACACGUGUAUUGAUAUAGGAACACACGUGAACUGAUAUAUGAACACAUGUGUAUUGAUACAUGAACACACGUGUAAUGACAUAUGAACACACGUGUAUUGAUAUGUAAAAACACGUGUACUGAAAUAUGAUCACACGUGUAUUGAUAUAUGAACACACGUGUAUCGAUAUGUAAAAACACGUUACUGAAAUAUGAACACACGUAAACUGAAAUAUGAACACAUGUGUAUUGAUACAUGAACACACGUGAACUGAUAUACGAACCUAUGUGUACUGGCACUAGUAUGUUUGUUUUCACUGUAGGAGUAUUCAUUCUUAUCACAGUAUUGUGGAAGUUGGUCUUUGUUAAUUUAUUGUUUUUUUAACGAACAGAAAUAUAUCUAUGUUGUCUUGUAUUGGCUAUGCUUUUCAAACAAUGAUUAGUCCAUGAUCAGAUGAUAUUUUAUGAAAGUGAAUAUAGAGCUGUAUGUUGAUUAGUGUUGGGGGUUCGUAGUCGUAUUGCCCUAUAGAGCUGCUUGAAGGACGAUAGAUAUACAUGGAGGGGUCAAACUUGCUGUUGACGGUGUGCGGGUGACCAGAAGCCCCUUUCCGCUGAAUGUGAUGGUGUCACCUCGAGCGCGCACAGUGAUUCAAGAACAGAAACUUUAACAACUGAUCUGUAACGGAAUAAUUAGUCAUGACUGAUCUGUAACCGAAUAAUUGGUCAUGACUGAUCUGUAACUGAACAAUUAGUCAUGACUGAUCUGUAACUGAAUAAUUGGUCAUGACUGAUCUGUAACUGAAUAAUUGGUCAUGACUGAUCUGUAACGGAAUAAUUGGUCAUGAUUAACCUGUAACUGAAUAUUAGGACAUGAUUGACCUGUAACUGAAUAUUAGGACAUGAUUGACCUGUAACUGAAUAUUAGGACAUGAUUGACCUGUAACUGAAUAUUAGGACAUGAUUGACCUUUAACUGUGAAAAAUAUUUGAACAUGAUUGGCUGUGAAUAUGUGGACACGCGUGAGUUGUUCGUUGAUACAAUGAAACUAUGAACACAGGUGACAUGCAACUGUCAGUAUAUGGCCACGUGUUACCUGUAAUUGUUAGUGUAUGGGCUGUCUAUCACUGUGAAUAGACGGACGUGAAUGACCUGCAACUGCCAAUAUGUACAAUCUGAUUAUGUACAGUCAGCGGGCAUAGAGGCGGAAUAGUUGUUUUUGACUGCGGCGUUAAAUAACCAAAAAAGCGGUGGGAGGGAUCCUCAAUCAUAUACUUUUUUGAAACUGAAAUGAUUUUAAUCAGAGAAAGUGGGACAUAGCUUUCCAUGUCGUCUAUCGCGUCGCUGCAGAGUUGCGUCCCUUAGGCGUGACGCGAUCAUGUCAUAGCGAGUCCGAGCGUUUCACCAAACGUCUAAAACCUGCAUCACUUUUGGAUUCCCUUUUACUUUGAGAUGAUAAGCAGCGAUGUCGGUUAGAUACUGUAACACCUACCACGCUCUCACCCACUCUGCGACAAUUGCUGCAGAUUAUUAUAGGACAAUUGUCCAGCCAGAGGUGUCUUGUAUGUACAUAUCUACUUGGUUGUGUGUGAUACGGACCUGAAAGUAUUAUCUUAUUUUGUACAGAUACAUUGUUGUUUUUUAUUGUAUUUUGAAUAUAAAGUCGGUGCAAUACGA